UGGAGUGUACCUAGUUAUAUUCCAUCAGACUAUCCCAUUAUCACAUAUGAGAUAGGAUAUCAUAUUCUUUUUAACAAGUGUUGCUGUUCAAUGGUAGAUGAUGAUGACAUUAAUAUUCAAAGGCUACAACUCUCCAAUUCAACUAAUGCCAAUACCUAUAUCAACAUUACUGGUCUUGAUGCUAUGUCUUGUUAUAUUUUUGGUGUAAGUGCGUACACAACCAGAGGACCUGGUGGAUGGGUCUUCAUUGCUAAUGAGACAUUAGUCAGUACUCAAUUUGUAACACUAACACUAGUAAUUACUCAAGAAGUAGAAUCAACUAAUACAGUUUCAGGAACUGUUGAUGGUUUUAUUAUUGCCGGACUGGGUGCAGUGGUUGGAUUAUUGUUGAUAUCACUAGUUGUUAGUAUCAUUAUUCACAUCUACUGCUUUAUCAAGCUUAAAACGUAUGAUACAACCACUGCUAAGCAAGCAAAGUUUGAUGAUGAUAUACCAAUGCAAGCCUGUGAACUAUACGGUAUUCACAAGACAGAAGAUGUUACAAGAGAGGCAGUAUUUGAGUGUCCUGAUGUCAAUGUUAGUGAUACUGCUAUUUAUGAAGAAACAUAACUAAUGAAACAGUAAAAGCUAACAGUAUACAGUAAUUAAAGUUUAAUAUACCUUUACACUGUGUGACAUGUUUUAGUUCUAGAGUUCACUGUAUUCAUAAUGCUAAUAGUUUAGUCUAUUAUAGUUUAACUUUUAUGAUUAUAUCGCCAUUUUUUGUUGCAGCACUUCUGUUGUAACUACUUUCAAUGUCCUUAUAUCAAUUCUAAUGCUUGCAGUGUGUUUAUUCUAUUGAUGUUAUCUAAUCAAUUUACAAGUAAACAAAUGAUAUAGAUCUAUGACACAAUAACAGA